UCCUUCUCCCAUGGAAUACUGCCGGAAAACCGCUUCUGGGCUUCUCUGCAACUCCCCUCAUGGACGCUCAUAGGGUCACAUUUUUGUUCUCUUCCUUCUUGUCUCUUCUUGUAUUAUUGUUUAUCCUACGCAGCUGAGGUUACCCCCCAAUGGCGGACCAAUUGUACGCUUGGCGUUUGAUGAUUGUCUUCUUCGUCGCCUCGCUUCUGCUGCUGAGUGUGCGAGUCAGUACGGAGCCGACUCAGGAGAAGCAAGCCCUCCUUGCCUUCAUCUCUCAGACCCCACACGCCUCUCGGGUCCGAUGGAACGCUUCUGACUCAGCCUGCAACUGGUUUGGCGUCAAAUGCGAUCCUUCUCGUUCCUUCGUCUUCUCUCUCCGUCUUCCCGGCGUUGGCCUUUUGGGUGGGAUUCCUCCCGACACAAUCGGUCGUCUCACUCAGCUGCGAGUUCUGAGUCUACGCUCUAAUGGUCUUGCCGGCGAGAUCCCCGCCGAUUUCUCUAAUUUGACGUUGCUUCGUAACGUGUACCUCCAGGAUAACCAGCUCUCUGGUGGGUUUCCUACUUCUCUGACUCAGUUGGGUCGUUUGACGCGCUUGGAUCUCUCGUCCAACAAUUUUACGGGUCCAAUCCCUUUCUCAAUCAACAAUUUGACCCACUUGACCGGUCUUUUCUUGCAAAGCAAUAGAUUCUCGGGCAAUCUACCAAGCGUGAGUGCCAAAUUGGUAGGCUUCGAUGUUUCUAAUAAUCAGCUUAAUGGUUCGAUCCCCAAAUCUCUCUCCAAGUUCCCUGCAUCCUCGUUCACCGGAAACUUAGAUCUCUGCGGCGGACCAUUGCCGCCAUGUAACCCAUUCUUCCCGUCUCCGGCUCCGUCGCCUUCCGCCCCGGUCGUGCCCUCUUCCCCAGCUCACAAAAAGUCCAAGAAGCUCUCAAAAGGCGCCAUUAUCGCAAUUGCAGUUGGGUGUUCUGUCGCGGCCUUGUUACUCCUCCUGCUGCUACUUCUGCUGUGCCUCCGCAAACGCCGGCGAAGCCAACCAGCAAAACAGCCCAAGCCCGUGGCGGCAACUCGUGCUGCGCCGGCGGAGGCCGGAACAUCGUCUUCAAAAGACGAUAUCACCGGCGGGUCCGUGGAGGCAGAGAGGAACAAGUUAGUGUUCUUCGAAGGCGGGAUAUACAGCUUCGAUUUGGAAGAUCUACUGAGAGCUUCGGCAGAAGUUCUGGGCAAAGGAAGCGUGGGAACAUCGUACAAGGCGGUGCUGGAAGAAGGAACCACGGUGGUGGUGAAGAGACUGAAAGACGUGGCCGUAACAAAGAAAGACUUCGAUGCUCAAAUGGAGGUUCUGGGAAAGAUUAAGCACGAGAAUGUGGUUCCUCUCAGAGCUUACUAUUACUCCAAAGACGAGAAAUUGCUCGUCUACGAUUACCUCCCAUCCGGUAGCUUGUCUGCUCUGCUUCACGGGAGCAGGGGGUCAGGGAGGUCGCCGCUUGACUGGGAUAGCCGAAUGAGAAUAGCGCUGGGUGCUGCCCGGGGUUUGCUUCACCUACACGUGUCGGGAAAAGUGGUCCACGGUAACGUAAAAGCCUCCAACGUACUUCUCCGAGGAGGCGAUAAUGAGGCCUGCGUUUCGGACUUCGGCCUCAACCCGUUAUUCGCCAACACCACGCCCUCGAACCGAGUGGCGGGCUAUCGGGCCCCCGAAGUUCUUGAAACGCGGAAAGUCACUUUCAAAUCCGACGUGUAUAGCCUCGGCGUUUUGUUGCUGGAGCUCCUCACCGGGAAGGCGCCGAACCAGGCGUCGCUGGGCGAGGAGGGGAUUGACCUUCCGAGAUGGGUUCAGUCGGUGGUCCGAGAAGAAUGGACGGCGGAGGUGUUCGACGCGGAGCUCAUGAGGUACCACAAUAUAGAGGAAGAGAUGGUUCAGUUGUUGCAGAUAGCCAUGGCGUGUGUGUCGGUGGUUCCCGAUCAGAGACCCACCAUGCAGGAGGUGGUACGGAUGAUGGAGGAGAUCAAUAGGAGCGAGACGGACGAGGGGUUGCGGCAGUCGUCGGACGAUCCGUCGAAGGGAUCGGACGGUCAAACGCCGCCGGCCGAGUCAAGGACUCCGCCCAGAUCAAUCACGCCUUAACGAAACUCGAAGGGAAAAUAUAAAUAUUUGUUUUUUGGGGGGGAAGGAAAAGAGAAAAGGGAAAAAGGGAAAAGGACAAAGGCGAGGUGAUGUGGGGAAGUGGAGGAUGGUGCGUGAGCGAAAAUAUGAAAUUAUAAGCUUUGGGAGUUUGAUUGGUGGGUGCGACGGUGGCUGCAAUUGAUGUGUAUUUCUUUCUUUCUUUUCUUGAUUUUUAUUUUUUUAUUUUUAAUUUUGAAUGAUUUUUAUAGGUGGGGGGAGGUUUGAAAUUGAAGCUCCCAUGAAUUUGAAGGAGAUUUGACUAUUUGUUAGUUUUUCUUGGAAGCAAAAUUGAUUUUAUUGUGGU